AUGGCUACUGUAAAAUCAUUGUUUUACAAAGGUUCAAACAAUGUCCAAUUUAUUGGCAUUUGGGGUAUGGGUGGUAUAGGCAAAACAACUCUCGCAAAAGCAUUAUUUAACAAAUUAUGCUUUGCAUAUGAAGGGUUUUGCUUUUUGGCUAAUUUAAGGGAAGAAUCAAAGAAAUAUGGAAUUGAUACUUUGAAGAAAAAACUUAUUUUGAGGUUAUUAAGGCAUAAAAAAUCUCACAUCGGCAUAGUUGAUGCCAUAUCUCCUUAUGCCAUGAGUAGACUUGGUUGGGAAAAAAGUUUCAAUGCUCUUGAUGAUGUUGAUGAUCAUGAACAAUUAGAACAUUUAGCCGGAAGACAUGAUUGGUUUGGAUUAGGGAGUAAAAUCUUGAUAACCACUAGAGAUAAGCAAGUCCUUGGUAGGAAAGUUGAUGGUAUAUAUAAACUCGAAGCUUUGAAUUCGAAUGAGGCUUUUCAACUUUUCUCCUUGAAUGCCUUUAGAAAAGACUGCAGUGAUCCAAAAGUAAGGAUGUUGGCAAUGGAUGUGACUUACUAUGGAAAUGGAAAUCCAUUAGCCCUUAAAGGAAGUGAAGCCAAUGAAGGCAUAACUCUAAACGUUUCAGAGGUUGAAGAUAUGUGCCCAAGUCUUCAAGCCUUUUGCUUAAUGCCUAAUCUAAGUCAGACUAUUGCGUUGGGUAGGAUAUCCUUAAAGUCCUUACCUACAACAUUCAAGGUUGAAAAUCUUAUUGAAAUUGGAAUGCCUAAUGGCAAUCUCACAAAACUUUGGAAAGAAGUCCAGGUACGUGCUUCAGAGGUUCUAUGGCUGAAGGAUUGUAGUAACUUGUCUGAACUUCCUGACAACAUCCGCUUGUUGACAUCAUUACGUGUGUUAGAACUCUCAAGGACUAAUAUAGAGACCUUGCCUUUAAGCAUCAAACACCUUUCGAGCCUGCAUGAUAUUUACUUGGAUGGAUGCAAAAAACUUCAGUCUCUACCAGAACUCCCUCCCUCUCUCUUAACAUUGUCUACGAGGAGCUGUCGAUUGCUUAGAACCCUAGAUUUAUCUUUAAUGAACGAGGGUGAGGAAGGAAACAAAGUAGAUUAUGAUGAUGAUGAUCCCUUUCCGUACUUUAGAUUCACAAAUUGCAUGAACUUGGAUGAACAAUCAAUCAAAGCUGUUGAGGCAAAAGUGCUACUUGAGAUAAAUAAAGCCAUUUAUGGCAUCGCUAUAAUGGAAUAUCCAGGAACACGAGUUCCAAAAUGGUUCAUGUAUAGGACCACAAAAUAUUUGGUAACUGUGGAUCUCAGCUCAAUUCCACAACCUUGGUAUGACAGUUCUAUUUUCCGCGCCGUCACUUCUAGAUCGCCACCAGGGACUUGCAUUGAUGCCACAUGGUAUAUUGAUGGUGAAUAUGCUUGCUGGGCUGAAAGCUCCUUUGGUACAGAUGAGUUCACCUUGUCAGAUCAUGUUUUUCUUUGGUAUGAUCAAUAUUCUUUUGGAGCAAUACAAAGGAAAAUUGGAGAAAAGAAAAAAGGUGCUCAGUACAACACUUAUUAUCCAUUGCUUGAAAUAGAAUUCACAGCUAGAUGUUGGAAGUCUUCGUAUUGUGGAAAAAUAGGAGAGAUCAAACAAUUUGGGGUGUGCCCGACAUCUGCAUUUGAAUAUCAAAAUUAA